ACACACUCCCCGGUAAAUGCCUUACAGUAAGGGAAGAGCCCAAAGCUAAACGAACGCAGUUGAUAUGUGAAGUGUUGUUCGAUUAUUUGUAACGUUUUUUUAUGGCAUGGUUAUUCAUACUGAGAGAAUGGCGAUAUGAUGAAAUCAACAACUUCCUUUCUGUGCACUGCUUUUUUCUCAUCGUGCAUUUACAUCAACAACACACUCGCCUGCCCACCCCCAGAUAUCCUGACGUUCAUCAUGGGGCAGUUGUUGGCCUCAGAAAAGGAGCAGUCGGAGGCUCAGGUUGCUAUUGGCUCUCUGCUCUACUCCGCCAUGUUGGAGGCCGGUGCUCUGCCUGAUGUUGCCGUCGACCACUAUCUGCUAGCUAAUCCAGAGAGCCUAGACUCCAGGGCCCACCUACAGGACCACCUCCGCCAGCUGCAGGGGCACGUAGGUAACCGGGCGCCCACCUACCUGAAGGAGCUGAUCAGCCGCCUGGUCGCUUUCUCUGACGAGCCCAAGGUUGCAGGCCUGGUGGGCUUGGUGGUCUCCAUGGUGAUGGAGACGGCAUACGCCUCGUCCAGGGGGUCAGUGAGGUCAAGGGGUUGCCAAGUCGAGGAACGGCGAGCGGAGCUCCAGGACGUUAUGGAGGAGUACCUCAAGCGCUGCCGGAUGCACUUGAAGGAUGAGCAGAAGCUGAGAGAAGACACCCAGCGUCUGGAGGGCCAGCUGAGCUACUUGCUGACCCAGCUGAAGAACACCAUGCUCAGGGAAGGCCCCAGCUCCAAGGCCCUGAAGCACUGGGCCAGCGGCGCCGCCUUUCACACGCAGAUGCUGCUGCACCUGACCAGGCUAGAGCAGAGAGGAGACCCGCUGGUCGUCCAGGCUGCAAUGGAGCAGUACCAAGAGGACUUCAGAGAGAUUCUACCUGCGUACAGAUGCUACAAAGCCAGUACGGUGACUGUGAUAAAGUGUAGGGGAGGGCUGCAGACCGGGGAGGAUCCUCUGACUGAGGGGAGUGUGACUGGGUUCACUGUGGUGGAUAAAGAGUUAGGGAAGAGUGUGAGUGUACCCCUACCUGAGGACGCUCCCCCUGGCAUUGUCCUGAUCACUUCAGAUAUGUGUGCUCAAGCCUAUUUAGAGCGACUGUUCUCUCCACAAGGCCCCAUUGCAGACCUGGAGAGGUACUUUCUCAACAGCAGAGAGAGUCUACGCAUGAAGUUGAUGGUACAAGAACCAACGGACCCCAACGAGAGGCUGAGCAUAGUGGAAACAGAACCCCUAGACAGAAGAUAGCACAUGUUCAUGUUGACUUUCAUACAGGCAAAGGCAAGAUGCAAAAUCCACAGAACUGAACGAACACUCUUGACUAAAUGUGCAUUUAUUGUAUUGUAUGUAUGAUCAAAUGUUGAAUAAUAAUCUGGUUUAUUCAAUGCUAA